UUGGUGCAUCCAGGUGCCGCAGUGUUGCUGCCUUCAUGCUGACACACGCUGUUUGCUUUUUCAGAAUGAGUCUGCAGAUCUUCAAUGACGAAAAUGUCACUGGUGACAAAAGUACAGAGAACUGCAACUUCCUGUUUUCGCCACCAGAACUUACCGGAAGAUCAUCUGUUCUUCGUCUGUCACAGAAGGAAAAUGUGCCACCCAAAAGCAUAGCCAAAGCCGUGAAGGUGACUUUUCAGACACCUCUGCGGGAUCCACAGACGCACAGGGUUCUAAGUCCUGUUGUGAGCAGCAAACCGGAGGCUUGCUUUGCUCUGGGUGAUGCCGGAGGGUUAAGAAACCCUCCUCAAGUCUGGACGCAGAAAGAGAACCAACAGUUCACCAAGGAAGUGGACACCAAAACGACCGAUGGAAUUCUCCAGAAACCAGCAGUGCUGGAUGCCAACCCCCCUCCAGGGAACGUGAGACCAGCCUCUGAAGACAGGUGUUCCAGCGGGCCCACCUCAGCUCCCCCAGCCAGCCUGAACCCGUCAAGCUCUCCCCAGAUGCUGGAAAGUCUUGAAAACCAGGUGGCAUCUCCAGGACGAAUGUCUGGCAGCCCUGAGCAAACCUUGGAGGCAAACGUUCAUUUUUAUUCCUUAGAGAAAAGCAUUACGUCCACUUCUGAAAUUCCAGAAGACCCUCUCGGGAUGGUGUCCCAAGACAGAACAGAGGACCCUCACACAGCGGCAGGAGGAAGCUUGCAGGGGAUCCCUGCUUCCUCGGCCGGGGCUGCUUCGCCUCCUAGUCCUCCACCCGAAGGAGCACAUGGAGAAGGGCCCCUUGCAGACCUGCCUGGCAAGGCCCUUGCAGACCCUGAGGAUGCUUCUGGUCCUGAGAAUGCCGCCCUGGCUAGCCCUCUGAAGGCUGGAGAGGCCACGUCCCCAAGUCCUCAGAAGGAAGAGGCCGAUGGUCAAAAGGCUGACUCUUGCAGGAAUGGGCCCAUAAAGCUAGAAUUUGACGUCUCUGAUGAGGCUGCCCCCAAAAGGCCGCCCCCACCAAGGAAACUGGGGAAGAGACCUGGCCUUAAACCUCCCUCGAGGAGACCGGAGGUGAGGCAGAAGACCCCCAAGGAGGCAGAUGAGGGUCCUGUUCUCCCUCUCUGGGGGUCUUACAACCUGGACUGGGACAAGCUGGACGACCCAAACUUCAACCCGUUCGGAGGUGGAAGGGAGGCUCGGCCCCCAGAACACCCCCAGGACGGUCCCGGGGCCUCACAGCUGAGCACUGCACCUCCGGGCUUGGAGGACUCACCUCUGAACCAGCAGGUGCCUUCAGCCUCAGCAGAUGACACACCUGUGGUGCAGACCCUGGCCGGGACCUCAGGAGCAGCCGGCGAGGAGGGAACCAUGAAUUCUUUGGGCACAUCGGCUCCCACCAGCAGUCUAGGCAGUGAGCCGACAGCCUCACCCGCUGACCCAGCGCCCCACCCCCGGCAGGGGCCAGAGCCAGCCUCAGAACCGAGUGACGAGCACUUCCGAGACCCAGCUGAGGUUCUAGGCAUGGGGGCCGAGGUGGAUUAUCUGGAGCAGUUUGGGACUUCCUUGUUUACAGAAUCAGCCCUGAGGAAACAGUCCUUAUACCUCAAAUUCGACCCGCUCCUGAGGGACAGCCCUCAGAGGCCAGCACCUGUGGCCCCUGAGACGAGCAGCGUGCAGGAAGUGGAUGUGUCCUCAGGAAGUCCGCCUGCAGCAAAGCUGGUGGAGCUGGACCUCCUCGGAGCUCCGGGUGUGCCUGUGCUGGACCCACCUCUGUGUGUUCUCGGGCCUGGGGGUCCGCUGCUGCCCAUGGGACCCAUCGUGGACGUGCUACAGUACAGCCAGAAGGACCUGGACGCUGCGGUGGAAGCGACACAAAAGGAGAACCUGUUGCUGAGGAGCAGGUGCGAGGAGCUCCACGCGAAGAACAUCGAGAUGGGGAAGAUCAUGGACGGGUUUGAGGGGAUGGUGUACCAGGGAAUGGAGGAGGCUCAGAAACAGAAGGAACUUGCCAAAGCUGAGAUCCAAAAGGUUCUGAAAGAAAAAGACCAGCUGACUGCGGACCUGAACUCCUUGGAAAAGUCUUUCUCUGACCUCUUCAAGCGGUUCGAGAAACAGAAGGAAGUGAUCGAAGGCUACCGCACGAAUGAAGAAUCGCUGAAGAAGUGCGUCGAGGACUACAUAGUAAGAAUUGAAAGGGAAGGCCAGAGAUACCAAGCGCUGAAGGCCCACGCAGAAGAGAAGCUCAAGCUGGCAAACGAGGAGAUCGCCCAGGUCCGGAGCAAGGCCCAAGCAGAGGCCUUGGCCUUCCAGGCAAGCCUGAGGAAGGAGCAGAUGCGCAUUCACUCGCUGGAGAAGACCAUCGAGCAGAAGACUAAAGAAAAUGAUGAACUCACCAGAAUCUGUGACGACCUCAUAUCCAAGAUGGAGAAGAUCUGACGUGGAAGCCCCUGACCCGAGCCUGUCUGUCUGUCUGUCUGUGUCUGUCUGACUCUGCUAGGUUUCAUGUUCUUUCUUCUCUUAAC